AUGAGAUUUGACAUCACACUGACAUCCGCAGUUGCGGCUCUCGUCCAGACAGUCGCAGCUGUCGGCGUGACCGGUGCCGCCGAAGGCUUCGCCAAGGGUGUCACUGGCGGUGGUUCAGCUGCAGCAGUCUAUCCGACGUCAACUUCCGAGUUGGUUAAAUAUCUCGGCGACUCAUCCGCUCGAGUCAUCAUCCUCGACCGAACGUUCGAUUUUACCGGCACUGAGGGUACUGCUACCGAGACCGGCUGUGCCCCUUACGGCACGGCGUCUGGUUGCCAAACCGCCAUCAACAAGAAUUCAUGGUGCAACAACUACCAGCCCAACGCCCCCAAGGUUUCCGUGAAGUACGACAAGGCCGGUCUCAACCCGAUUAUUGUGAAGUCGAACAAGUCCCUUGUUGGCGUCGGAAGCAAGGGUAUUAUCAAGGGCAAAGGUCUUUACAUUGCUGGAGGUGCCAAGAAUGUUAUUAUUCAAAACAUCCACAUCACCAACCUAAACCCUCAGUACGUUUGGGGCGGCGAUGCUAUUGCCCUGGAUAACACCGACCUGGUCUGGAUCGACCAUGUGACCACCUCCCUCAUCGGCCGCCAGCAUAUUGUUCUGGGCAAUGGCCCGAGCAACCGAGUUACCAUCUCCAACAACAAGAUUGAUGGUGCUACCUCCUGGUCUGCUACCUGCAAUGGUUAUCAUUACUGGGGUCUCUACUUUACCGGAUCCAGUGAUCUCGUUACUUUCAAGAACAACUACAUCUACAAGACCUCCGGCCGUGCCCCCAAGGUCGGCGGUAACACCCUCCUCCACGCCGUUAACAACUACUGGUACGAUAAUGCCGGUCAUGCCUUCGAGGUCGGCACAGGCGCCCAGGUUGUGGCUGAGGGCAACAUCUUCCAGAACGUCGCUGCACCCGUCGAGUCCGGCUUCACCGGCAAGCUCUUCACCAGCCCAAGCGCCAGCGCCAACGCAGCCUGCUCCGCCAAUCUCGGCCACACCUGCCAGGUCAACGCCUUUGGGAGCUCUGGAGCCUUCUCGAGCAGCACGACUGAUUUCCUGGCCAACUUCAAGGGCAAGAACGUUGCCUCGGCGGCCGCUUACUCGUCUGUCAACUCGGUUAAGACGAGUGCCGGUUUCGGUACCAUCUAA